UUUUUUUGUACUUAUUACUUUUUAUACCAUAAACUCUAUUCAUCAAACUUAAUAAAACGAACUCCACUUUAUUAUUAUUAUUAUGAAAGACGGUUUCAAGACCAUUACUAUUGAACCGUUCAAUGGUUACCUCGACUUUCAGGGACCUAUCAAUCCUCAAAAACCUUCAGGCAAUCUAUCACUUAAAGGUGACAUUCGUAUGGAACUUACCAAGUCUGUGAAAGUAAAAAAUGCAACCAUCAAGUUCAAAGGUUCUAGUCGCGUUUGCCAUCAAAAUACUCUAGAUAUCAUUGAUGUUAGUACACCUAUAUUACCUAAACUCAAGACUCAAUUAUUCAAUUCGACUACUUCUUUGGGUCCAGGUAAAGUGACUUUACCUUGGGAAUUGGAAAUCCUCAAUAUCUACCCUUGUAGUGUAAUGAUCAAACGUGUUAGUAUUCAUUACAAAAUCGAAUUGACCAUUUCUUUCGGCUUACACCGUACAGUUACUGCUGAAUAUCCUAUCGUUAUUCGACGUCAUCUAUUACCUUGUCUAGAAGUAACUCCUUUGGUACCAACAAAACUAUAUACAAAGACCAUCUCAACAAAAUUCCAUUAUGAAAUCAAUGCUCCUAGGAUUGUAUGUAUUGCUCAAGAAGCUAUUCCUGUUGCUAUCAAGCUUUUGACCAUUGGAAGUCAGAAACGUGUACUUAGUGUACGAACUCAAAUCAUUCAAGUGGAAUUGUAUAGGUGCAACAGUCUACCAAAAGCCGACGCCGAUAUGACCAAUUUCAAAACACAACUUUUGAAUCAAAAAAGUGCAACAUCAUCAUCAUCUUCAAUUAGUUCAGGGAAAAAGGGAGAAGCCAAUAAAUAUGCAAAAUACACCAAACGAACAAAUCCUGCCAUUAUACAUACUCUCGAUGAAACACAACUCAUGACAUCCAGUCAACCACUAUUAAUCCGUCAUCCACUAGGUGAAUAUUUGACAUUGGGAUUCGAAUCUCCAUUGGCCGCUAUAUAUCAUCAACUCGAAAUUACUUUUCAAUUUGGUGCCAGAUUUGAAGACAUUCGUGCAAAAAUACCGAUCCUCGUUGCCUCUGCUCCACCAUCUAUCAAGCAAACAACAACAAUAACAUCAGCGACUUCAACAACUACUACUACCGGCAAACAAACUCAACAAACGGAUUCUCUUCCUUUGGCUCUUUAUCCAUAUGAAAAAUUACCUGUAUGGGAACCUAUAUGUGUGACUGAUGAAAAUCGACUUGGCCGUAAUAGAUCAGCUAAUAAGACACCAACUCCAUCAACAAAUAGUAGCAGUGACGCUGCGGAUGAAGAAGAUGAAGAAGAAGUCGGGGGUAUUCUUGAAAUUAUGGCAAAUUACAAUAAUAGGAACAACAAGAACAACAACAACAGUGAUAACACCAAAAUGCAGUCUAUAUCCGACAAUCAAAAUGACUCGGGUUUUCUUGGAGUUUCCCCAACACAAUCACCUUCUCAAUCAUUACGACGUGCUCAUUCUGCUGCCAAUUUGACAACAAAUCAACAUCAGUCUGACAACAGUAGCAAUCAACCAUCUAGCUCAUCAUUGAAAAUUACACCACAUCGUCCACCAUAUCAAAAGUCAUCAAAAAAUACCUUGUCAUCAUUGUACAAUAAUAAACCAUUAUCCAUCAAUCAACAACAGAAACAUCUCAGCUCUGGGAAUUUGGAUCAAUCUACAGGAAUGUGGCCACGACCUGGAACAGAAGUACCACAUCAAUGGCGGCGACGAAGUAGUAGUCAACCCUUUGUACCCGUUGAUAAUACCUCUAUGCGACCUCCAAAAGACCCUAGACGUAUGAUGAAUCAAACCUCAGCUCUAUCACCACCAGCGACAACAUCACCCAUCCAAAAUUACAAAACCAUCAAGAAUACAGCAAGAAGCAAAUCUCCAUUGAAAAAUAGCAUCAAUAUACAGACUCCAUCUUCAACGCCUUCAGCAUUACAACCUUCACCAGUCACUCUUCCUUCCGACAAGGCUAUUCAUAUACCUUCUACAGAGGAUUCUUUAGCAGAUAUGAAUGAUUCUUUGAUUGAUGGCUCAGAUUCUUCCUCAUAUAUGGCAGAAAGUCUUAGCAGCGUAUCUCGAACUGAUUCCUCUUUGAACGAUUUGCAAUCUCGUCCAGCUUCAAUUACAUAUGCACCAGCACCUGGCUUGCCUUCUGAUAUACAGCUUCAACCUCAAGAUACCAAUCCUGGCGCUCUUUUGGAAGAAUAUUUUAUCCUUUCUCCUGGAAGUCUGGCAUCCACACCUGUUACUUCACAUUAUAAUUUUACCGAUUCUUCAUCCUAUCCUCGUGAACAACAUCGGGCAUCUAUUCAAUACACUCAGGGAUUUACUCGCAAUGGUACACAAGGAUUACGGCAAUAUCAUCCAAGGGCAAACUCAACCGAUAUGCUAUCAGUGAUUUCCACAGCACAAUCUUCAGUAUUGGAUCCAGAUGAAGAUAUUAUGCAAAUGAUGCAAGCCAUGGAAAUUAGAUAUCAACAACAAUUAGCUCAACGACAAUCUUUGGAACAACAUUACACCUAUGCAGAAUUACCACCGAUUCCAUCAUCGUCACAACCAAGAACAACAACAACAACACCUGAUGAAAGAAAUGAACGAUGUACAACAAUUUAUUAUGAGGAUGAUAGUGAUGAUGAUAAUGGAGAUGAUGAAGUGGAUACACAUGGAAUGUAUGAUUCAGAUGAUUCAGAUGAUGAUGAUGGUAACAAGUCUACAAACAAGUCGGAUGCCAACGAGCAAAACACCAAUCAGCUUCCUACCAACUCUCCACCACCAAUAGCCGUCUCACCUUUGCCACCUUUACCACAUGAACAGGAUGAAAAAAAAGGUCAAGAUCAAGAAGUAUUGGAAGAAAAUCCAGAACCAGUAUGUCUUUGCCCCAAGCAUGGCGUGAUUGUACCUCGUAGAUAGAUCCUUUUUACCCUUUCUUCUUUUCUUUUUUUUAUGUAUGUAGCCG